AUGGGAGGGAAGAUACAAGCACCAUCCACUCAAGGACGUGGACCAUAUAACUUUAAAAUAGGUGGUCAGAAUCAUCAUUUAAUUGGUAGUUUGUUGCCGAAUGAAGGCUCGCGUCCAAAGUUUUCUCAGCUAUACAUAUAUGACACAGAACAUGAGAUUGCUAAUAGAAAGGCUGCUUAUAGUUCUAGAAAUCCCGAAAAUUUUGAAGAUCCUCUAAUUGCGCAAUUACAAGAUAUGAUAGAUGAACACAAUCCUCUUGCAAAGAAUUUUAGGAUGGCCAGAGAUCGCUUUAUUAGUGAUUCAUGUCAAAAUGUUCGGUUACAGCGAAUUGGCAGGAGGGAUACUGAUGGUAGGACAUAUAAUUUACCAACAACAUAUGAGGUCGCUGCGUUAAUAGUUGGAGACAUUGAUACUGCAGAUAAAAGAGAUAUUAUUAUCGAAACACGAAAUGGAAAAUUAAAGCAAAUUUCUGAACUCCGUCCUUCUUAUCUACCUUUGCAGUAUCCCCUUCUCUUUCCAUAUGGCGAGGAUGGAUAUCGGGUGGAUGUUUUCCAUAGAGAUAAAAAUCCCCCUACUGGCAAUUCAAAAAAAAGAGAUAGACUUACUAUGGGGGAGUGGUUUGCGUAUCGGAUGCAAGAUCGUAAAAAUGAGGCCCCCACCAUACUACUUUCGCGGCGACUAUGCCAGCAAUUUUGCGUCAAUGGAUAUACGAUGAUGGAAGCUAAACGAUUGUCGUUCGUAAAGUAUAACCAACAAAGUUUUAGAGCGGAUAAUGUAAAGAACCUAAGGGGAGAAACAGAACGAGGAGAUACAGAAGGUGCAUCUACCGGUAGUCGUGCUCUUAUACCAGCCGCAUUCACCGGAGGACAUAGUUACAUGAGGGAGAAUCACCAAGAUGCGAUGGCUAUUUGUAGGUGGUAUGGCUUCCCAGAUCUGUUUAUAACCUUCACAUGUAACCCAAAGUGGCCCGAGAUCACACGGUUUGUAUCGAAGAGGGGAUUAAGACCUAAAGAUAGACCGGAUAUUAUAUGUCGAGUGUUUAAGAUGAAACUUGAUCAGCUGGUCAAAGAUUUAAAGGAUAAAAACAUCUUCGGCCGAGUACGAGCAGUUGUGUACACCAUUGAAUUUCAAAAGCGUGGCUUGCCACACGCACACAUACUUUUGUUCUUACAUCGUGAUGACAAGUUUCCUAAUAGCGAUGCAAUAGACAAAAUUAUUUGUGUUGAGCUGCUAAACAAAGAUAAAAAUCCAGAGUUGUAUGAUGUUGUCACAGAGUUCAUGAUCCAUGGUCCAUGUGGUGCUUUGAACCAUGAUGCGCCAUGUACCACGGAGAAGAAGUGCACAAGAAAUUUCCCAAAAAGGUUCAAUGAGAGAACAACUGUUGAUGAAGAUGGAUAUCCUGUUUACAGGAGAAGAGAUAGUGGUGCAACCGUCGAAAAGAAUGGCGUCAUGCUCGACAAUAGAUUUGUCGUUCCUCAUAAUCCAGAGUUGUUGUCAUACCAGAACCGUCAAAACUCUGAAGAUCCAAAGGAAAUGGAUGAAAUCAAAAUGUAUUAUGAUUGUCGAUACAUAUCCCCAUGUGAAGCCAUGUGGAGGAGUUUAGGUUUCACUAUUCAUUAUAGAACCCCAACUGUCGAAAGGUUGAGUUUUCACUUGCGGGAUGAGCAGACCGUGCUUUACACUGAUGAUGCUGAUUUAGAAUCCUUGAAAAACUUUGCUUUGGCUGACAUUGAAGCUAAGUUACAAAGUAAUGGUAGCACCCUUCGUAAAUUUACCGGAAUGCCAUUUCCAAAUGACUUGAUUGUAUCAGAUGGUCAAAAUAAGCUCAUUAUGGAUGAGCUUUCGUAUGACCAAGAGCAAUUACAAAAGGAGUUUCAAGAUCUUUAUGCUGGACUGACUGAUGAGCCGCGUGGAAUUUAUAAUGAGAUCAUAUAUGCUGUAUUGCGCGGUAAAGGAAGCGUAUUCUUUGUAUAUGGUUAUGGAGGCACGGGAAAGACAUACAUGUGGAGAUUAUUAUGUGCAGCAUUAAGGCGUAAAGGGGAAAUUGUUUUGCCAGUUGCAUCAAGUGGAAUCGCCUCUUUGUUGCUUCCAUGUGGGAGAGCUGCGCACUCUAGAUUUGGCCUACCACUAAAUGUCGAUGAGAACUCAACAUGUCAUGGCAUUAAGCCUAGAUCGGACUUGACAGGACUACUUAUGAAGACAAAGCUUAUCAUUUGGGAUGAAGCUCCCAUGAUGCAUAAAUAUUGCUUUGAAGCUCUUGAUAGAAGCUUAAAGGAUGUUAUGCAAUCAAUAAAUCUAGCAAAUCGUCAUAUCCCAUUUGGUGGUAAGGUGGUUGUGUUCCCAAAGGUAGUAGACAAGAUAUUGUGUUUUCAGCAAUCAAUAGUUCUUAUUUAUGGGACUUUUAUCGUGUGCUUAGAUUGA